AUGGGGCCUGCCUGGGUCCAGGUCUCCCUGACAGGUACUCUCUGGUUACUGGCACUCUCGGCAUUUCUAACACCUGUCUGCCGCUCCUAUGAUCCACCAGUAUGGCGCUUCACUUCCUCUGAAAUUGUGAUCCCCAGGAAAGUGCCCCAGAGGAGGAGUGGAGUUGAGAUGCCAGACCAGCUCUCCUACAGCAUACGCUUCCAGGGCCGAAGGCAUGUGAUCCACAUGAAGCUCAAGAAGGCCUUGCUGCCCAGACAUUUUCCUGUUAUUACUGAUAACGACCAAGGGGCCAUGCAGGAGGACUAUCCCUUUGUCCCCCGAGACUGUUACUACUACAGCUACCUGGAAGGAGUUCCUGGGUCCGUGGCCACACUGGACACUUGCUAUGGAGGUCUGCGUGGCAUGAUACAGGUGGAUGACUCGACUUAUGAAAUCAAACCCCUCGAGGCUUCUUCCAAAUUUGAACAUCUGCUAUCUUUGCUUGUGUCAGAAGAAAGACCAGGAGAGGCUGACAUGUGUAACAUUGACGAGGAACAGACAGAUCAAACACUUGAAAAGGUAAAACUUGCUGAAAUUCCUAGAGCAGGCCCCGUUUAUUUGUGGAGGCUUCAUAAGAAAAACCUGAAACUUCACUACACGAUUUCUAACUCACUAGUUGUGCAGCUGCAAAGCAACAUGUCACGCAUAAUAGAGAGUGCAGUGGUUAUAAACAGCAUACUGCAUACCAUUUUCAAACAGGUUUAUUUAAAUGUCUUCAUACGUAUGUUGUGCAUAUGGGAUGGAAUGGAUGCAAUGAAUCUUUAUGGCUGGAAUAGUGUCUCAAGUGCUGUAUCUGAAUUUGGUUUGUGGAAAUAUUGGGGAUGGUAUAAUAACUUUCCACAUGAUACUUCAGUUCUUUUAACAGGACAUGAAAUUUCAGGAUCCCACUAUUAUACCAACUUUAAUGGAGUAUGCAAUCCCAACUGGGGAGUAGUAUAUGUGUUUGCAGCAAGGGUUCACCUAUUUUUUGCUGCAACUAUUACAGCACAUACAAUAUGUCAUAACAUGGGCGUAUCACAUGAUAAAAAUUAUUGUGUUUGUUUUCGAAGAAGCAACUGUCUCAUGAAAACUCCACCUGGUCUUCGAGAUAUAAUGAGUAAUUGUUCUUUUGAUGAAAUGCAUAACAGACUUCAUGAAUGGGAUCCUUGUUUGAGUCCGACAAACAAUCCAUAUAAAAAUUUUCCUUACGUAGCUCCUCGUUGUGGAGACAAGAUCAAAAAUCAGCAGGAAGAAUGUGAUUGUGGCUCUAUUAAAGACUGUAUUGAUGAUAAGUGUUGUGAGACCAAUUGUGCCCUCAGACUUGGCAGUGACUGUAAUACAGGAGGUUGCUGCCACAACUGUAAAUAUGCUCAUCCUGGAGUGGUUUGCAGGGACAUACUUGGUAUUUGUGAUCUACCGGAAUACUGUGGUGGGAAAAAUGAGACGUGCCCAGAUGAUGUCUACAUUCAGGAUGGAACUCCAUGUUCAGCAGUAGCUGUUUGUGUGAGAGGAAACUGCAGUGACCGUGAUUUGCAGUGUCAAGCCCUUUUUGGUUACCAAGUAGAAGAUGGUAAACCAAUAUGCUAUCAACAAUUGAAUAGAAUGGGUGACCGAUUUGGAAACUGUGGGGUUAAGAUAAUACGAGGGGGAAGUCAACCUGUUCCGUGUGAAGAAGAUGACAUUUUUUGCGGAAUGCUGCACUGUAAGGGUGUCAAAAGUAUUCCGGGUGGAGGUGAGCACACUACAUUUCGUAAAAUAUUAAUACAAGAAGUUUCAGAAGAAGAAUGCUUUGGAUAUGAUGCACACCACGGAACAGAAUUGCCAGAAUUCGGGCUUGUAGUGGAUGGUGCAACAUGUGGCCCAGGAAAAUACUGUUUACAACAGAAUUGUACUUUUUAUCAGGACAUGAAUUUUGACUGUGAUGUGAGGAAAUGCAAUUUCAAAGGAGUGUGCAACAACAACAAAAAUUGUCACUGUGUUCGUGGUUGGAGACCACCAGUUUGUGAAGUGAAAGGAGCAGGUGGUAGUAUAGAUAGUGGCCCUCCACCUGAUAUGGAAAGUGGCCUUCAAGCCAGAAUAGUAGUGAAUAUAAACCUGGCGCUACUUUUUAUAUUAAUUCGUUUCGGUCUUUUUCUGCUUGUGCUUAUCUUUGGUGGCCUUACACAAGAAAAACGAUCUCUAGAAGAGAGAACAGUGGAAGUUACUAAAGAACCUGAAGAUACUAAGCAAGCGUAA